AGAACUUUCUGUGACGGUCCAUUUUUGGGAUCCCCACCUCGAUCAUCACCGUCGUCGCCGAGGAAGAAGCUUCUCCAAGCACCCUCCGGACACUCGACUCGCGCCGCUCUACUCGCUCGGGUUAGCGAACUGAAUAGUUUCUUGAAGGAAACCGGCGAAAGGAAAAGGCCGCCACCAUGGACGCGAUCAAGAAGAAGAUGCAAGCGAUGAAGCUUGAGAAGGACAACGCGAUGGAUAAAGCCGAUGCCUGCGAGGGACAGGCGAAGGAGGCGAAUAUGCGCGCGGACAAGGUGAACGAGGAAGUCGGUGAACUAACGAAGAAACUUGCCCAGGUGGAGGGCGAUCUUGAGGCUAACAAACAAGCCCUGGAACAGGCCAACAAGGACCUCGAGGAGAAGGAGAAAGCUUUGACUAACGCUGAAUCCGAGGUCGCUGCUCUCAACCGAAAAGUGCAACUGAUUGAGGAGGACUUGGAGAGAUCUGAGGAACGAUUGAACACCGCCACCGCCAAGUUGGCCGAAGCCUCUCAAGCUGCUGACGAAUCCAGCCGUAUGUGCAAGGUAUUGGAGAACCGUGCCCAACAGGAUGAAGAGAGGAUGGAUCAGCUGACGAAUCAAUUGAAAGAGGCGCGUCUGCUUGCCGAGGACGCCGAUGGAAAGUCGGACGAAGUGUCGCGAAAGCUGGCCUUCGUUGAAGACGAGUUGGAAGUCGCUGAAGAUCGAGUGAAAUCCGGCGAGGCCAAGAUCAUGGAGCUGGAGGAGGAGCUUAAAGUCGUCGGUAACAGCUUGAAAUCUUUGGAAGUGUCCGAGGAGAAGGCCAACCAAAGAGUCGAGGAAUUCAAGCGCCAGCUCAAGACCCUGACAGUAAAACUAAAGGAAGCCGAGGCCCGUGCAGAAUUUGCCGAGAAAACUGUCAAGAAGCUCCAGAAGGAGGUUGACAGGCUCGAAGACGAGUUGGGCAUCAACAAGGACAGAUACAAAUCGCUCGCCGACGAGAUGGACUCCACGUUCGCCGAACUGGCAGGAUACUAAGUUAUUUCGUCCUCUUGUGCUUCCUAUUAUAAUUGCGAUGUCAUGCGUGGGGAUGGAGUUGCAAUGUUACGCGUAAAAGGGACUCCAGGACACGACCAACCGUUGCACGAUCAGCGCAAAAAAAAAAAUAAAAUAAAAAAAAGAAUACAAAAAAAAAAAUACAAAAACGCACGAGCUGAAGAAACGAUCGUUGGGAAUCGGAUGAUAUCGUUUGUCUAGUCGUACGACGAUCACUGCGGCGAAGAUGGUCAAUGUAUGGAGAUCCGUAAGGAAUUUCACUCUGUUACACUGUUGUACGAAAUAUUACACAAGACCCAAUAAACUGCUGUAAUGUGGUAUCUCGUUACUAAUUA